GAUGCAGGCAGGCGUGCUCACACCGGCAGAAUCACUCAGCUUCCGCGUCGCUCUCCCUUCUCCAUCUCUGUGUCUCUAUCCCUCCCUACUCUCUCCGCUGGUGGAUUUUUAGCCCACAGCUGUGUGGAACACCGCCAAAAUGUCUGACAAGCCUGACAUGACUGAGAUCGCCCGUUUCGACAAGACAAAGCUGAAGAAGACAGAGACAAAAGAGAAAAACCCUCUGCCCACCAAAGAGACCAUCGAGCAAGAGAGGAAAGGCGAUGCCACACCUUGACUUCUAAGCACAUGAAGAAAAGAAGCUGAGAUGCCACAGCAAAAAGCACUUUUUUUUGAUUACCACAGUAUUCCAAUGUCUUACUUUGUCUUCAGAAAAGGGUGCUCUUGAGCUCCCUGGGGUGCCGUGAGGGUAUAUGGCAUCCUCACGUCGGGGCUCUCUUACCACUCAGGUGGAGAAAAACUUUAGCCUGGGUGCCUGUCUUGCACUGUUAGCCUAUAGCUAACAUUUCUCCAAUAUUGCCAAACUGGGGAGUGGUGUAGUGAUGUAGCACACAGAGACAGGCAGGCACCCAGGCUAGGGGGAGGCGGGGAGGGGGGUGUCUACACACAUGGGAGCAAUCGGAGACUAAUCAUGUGGGAUGUUUUCUUAAUAAACUUUUUACUUUUCUUUAUGAAAUAAAUAUGAAGACGUGGAACCAGUCAGUCCUGUGCAUAUUGUUGUCUUUUUUUUUAUGUCUCUGUGCAACAUUUGGACUCUAAUACUCAUACUCAUGAGGCUUAUCAUGCACAGCCAUGGAAUUAAUACAAAAUAAAAGUGUUUGCAAUUUG